CACGAGGUGAGGGUUGCACCGCAGCUUGGUGCCGCAAACACGCGCAGAAUGAAGGACUCGGCACACGUUCUUCUCUUCUUCCCAGCCCCCGCAAGCGGGAACACCGGGAGGGGUGGGAAAUUGGACUUGGCACUGGCGAUGAUGCCGCCUGUCGUUCUCUCCUCUUUUCGCUGUCGGACGGCCGGCUCUGGUCUCGCGAUUGCCGCAUUCUGACGCUGCGCCGGCCCAAUUGACUCAAUUGACUGUCGCUUCGCUCCGCCGGCUCAGCGGGAACUUCAAGGAACGUUGGGCCGACUACGAUGGCGAGAAGGAACAAAAAGCCGCCGCCGCGGGUGUACCACGACGGCCUGAUCCCGGCGGCCGGCGACCCGACCAACUACCAGAACCUCCCCGAGGUCGUGCCCGACGACCACGUCCCGACCAAGCACGAGAAGAGCUACCCCGAAGUCGCAUCUUCGCAGUCGCCCUCCGGCACCGUAACAACACCCGCCAGCUCGCAACUGCCCAACCAGUCGCCGCUCUCUCCGCCGCCGCCCGUCGUGUCCCAACUGCCGCUGCCGCGCACCUCGGGCGUGCACUCGCUGCAGGAGGCAUGGAGCGAGUGUGACGAGCAAGAAGGCGUGCCUCCGCCGAAACACAGCGUGCCCUUGUGGAGGCGGCCGAUCGUGUGGGUGAUCGCGGUCGCGCUGGUCAUCAUCGUUGUCCUGGCCGGCGUGCUGGGCGGCGUCGCAACGGGCGCCAUCAAGACGGCGGCGAACACCCAACAACAAUCCAGCCCCCAAAAAUCAACCACCACCCAGCCAUCAUCCUCCUCCGCCGCCGCCCCAACACCCUCGGCGGUAACCAACCCGACCUGUCCAGACGCCAACAACCUCAACUACACCAGCCCCUCCUCCUCCUCCAGCGGCAGCAGCAGCCGCAAAACCUUCCGCAUCCAGUGCGCCGCCAACUACCCCGGCGGCGACGGCACGCUGGGCCAGCAGAACAGCAGCGCCGCCGUCGGCUCGCUGGCCGGCUGCCUCGACGCGUGCGCGGCGCAGGCCGAGUGUGUCGGCGCCGUGUUCAGGCCUGCCGCUACUGCCAGCGGCAGCGGCGGGAGCGGCAGCGGCGGCAGCGGCGGCGGCGCGGAGUGCUGGCUCAAGCAGUUCCUCGGCGCCGUCGAGAGGGGGGGGUUGGCGGUGGGUAUGGAGAGCGGGGUUUUGUGGCAGUAGGUGGUUUUUUUUUUGUUAUGGAGGGAGGAGGAUUGGUUUUGUUGGGUUGGGCAUUUCCAGUUGAUUGCGAUGGGCUGAGGGGGGGUUGAAUUUCUUUUGUGGAGGGUUGAUGUGGUAGGGGUGGUGUUGGGAGUUUCUGGUCUUUUUCUCCCUCCUUCGUCGGAGGGGGUUAAUGUGACGAUGCUUUGGUGGGUUGGAUAUCUGCGUUGGGGAACGAGCUGGGACGGACUCGGAGGGACGAUGCGCGAGACUCCGUCCGUGUAUGGAUUCGCAUUGCCAGCUGUUGGCGUUGUUGAAGCGAAGUUUCAAUGACGAGACUUUCGCUGGGUACUGUAUAUACUGCAACUCUUUCUCCACGGUGUAAUUACUUGCGAAAGUAGCUAGUAAUUGACUACGGGAGUGAGCAAUUGACUGAGAUCCUCAACACCAGA